AAGCAUUCAAAAAACUAGCCGUUUGGUAGUUGAAACUGUCGAACUAUUCGACUAAAUCAAGAUUUAGUCGACUAGUUUUGGUGAAACUGCAAUCUGACUUAUUCAACUAGUUCUGGAUUUAUUCAACUAAAGGACCGGACUAGAGAGAGAGACAGAAAGAGAGAUCAGGAAGACGGAGGUGGUAUCGUGGAAGCACCAAAGAAGAAAAUAAAAAAAGAAGCUUCAUCACCAAUCUGAUUCAAACCCUAAUCAAUGUUCAUCAUCUCCGUAUAACAUCCUUUUGAUUUCGUUCACAUCCAUAUAAUUUAAUGCAAUUCGGAACAAUCGAACUGGUCGCCGGUUCGAAGCUUUGAUCUGCACCAUUUCCGGGCAGUUCUCGGGUUUCAGAUCUGAUACGACCUGAACCGCGACGCAGCUGCCUCCCUCCCACAAUGGACGACCUGGAUUUGUUGGCCAGAGAGUUCGGGAUACGGCCUGGUGGAAAAUCGGCUCCCAUGAGAUCCGGCCCUGGCGAUCGCCGUCCAGCUCCAGUCCGCCCCACCCAGCAGCAGCGGAGCGAUCGGGAUGAGAUGUCGUUCAGCGAUGUUUUUGGCGGUCCACCUAAAUAUAUGAACUCCAGUAUCAAGAGUAGUAAGGGUUCGUUGGAAUCGAAUGAUUUGGAUAUAGGAUCAAUUUUCAGUUCAGGGAAUGAUCCAAAGAGCAAUAACAACAGCAGCAGCAAAACGUCUUCCGGGCCUGUGUACGACAAGCCUGUUUAUGAUGAUGAUAUAUUUGAUGGGUUGCCAGGACUAAAGAACAAGCCGGAAAGUUCACAAGCAAUCUUUGAUGAGAACUUGUUUGUCCCAAUGACUUCACACCCGGAAAAGAAUCGCAGCAGUGACGAUCUGUUGGGCUAUUUGGGGAGGGAUGAGGUGGAAAAACCACAGAGCAGUAUGAACUCCAGUUCCAGAGGUUUUGACGAGUUGCUAGCUGCUUUUGAUAGCGCAAGUCCAGCAACUACUAACAGGACAUCUACACGGUCUAAUCAGCAACCUUCAAAACCAUCUCGCAGUUCCACUCAAACAACAAGUGUCAUGGAUGAUCCUUUUGCAGUUUUUGGAACAUCUUCAUCUCCAGUGUCUUCUUCAGGGUUAUUUUCUGAACCACUUAUAGAAGUCAUUAAGCCUGGAAAACCAGGAAGUGAAAGGGCAAAAUCUUCAUCUACCGGUGGAAAUUUAUACGGUGACUUGGAUCCACUCAUUGGUUUUGGUAAAUCUAUGCCACCAUUCUCCCACGAUGGGAAUAGAAUGAGUAAAGAAUCAAGUCCUCCAAGGGGUGGACCACGAACAAAUGACUCAGAAAUGUCCACAUCUAAAGAAAAGAGUGGGGAAUCUUCAUAUAAACAAUCUGAAAUUCCAACUAGCAGCUUUCAGGAGCCUCCUCUGUUUGACAUGCCUUUUGUAGAGGCUCAAAAGACUGUCAGUCAAACUGCUUCUCCUCCUUCACAUGAAAGUGCCAAUCAUACUGAGGAUACAUCUCCUACUUCAGAGGGACCUGAUCAACUUUCAGAUGAUAUUUGGCUCACUGUGUCAGAGAUUCCUCUUUCCACACAACCUACGAGUGCUCCACCGCCAUCCCGACCCCCACCUCCAAUUCCAGGGUGGACCUCAAAGUCAGAGUCAGUCUUCUUUACUUCACAGGCAAGAAAAAGAGUUGAUGACUAUGGUCAAUACCCUCAGAUUCCUAAAUCUGCUCCAUCCACUGCUAAGAGCCCUCCAGAUGCACAACUUGAUGAACUUAAGGAAUUUGCCAUGGGAAGGGCUCGGCACAGCCUUGAUGGAAAUGAAAAUGUUUUUUUGGGUGAAGAAGUGAAUGCAAACACUGCUGCUGCUGCAAUGAAAGAGGCCGUGGACAAUGCUCAGGCUAAAUUUAGACAUGCUAAGGAAGUCCGGGAGAGAGACUAUGUAAAGGCUACCAGAAUUAAGGAAGCUGUGCAGCUGGAAGAUGAGCAUGAUGCACAUGAGUUGCAAGAAAGGGAGUAUAGGGAAAACCAAGAGCGAAUAGAGUUUGAACGCCGUCAACGUGAAAGGGAAGAGGAAGAUAGAGAACAGAGAAGACUAGAGAGAGAGAAGGAGAGAGCAAGGGAGCUUGAAAGGGAAAGGGAGAGGCAAGCUGUAGCGCGAGCUACAAAGGAAGCGCGUGAGAGGGCGGCUGCGGAGGCACUUCAAAAAGCAGCCGUGGAAGGACGUAUGAAAGCUGAAAGAGCUGCUGUUGAGAAAGCAUCUGCCGAAGCGCGUGAGCGGGCUGAAAAGGCUGCGGUUCAGAAAGUACAAGCAGAAGCUCGUGAAAGGGCUGCUGUUGCUGCAAGGGAGAAGGCGAAUGCAGAAACAAGAGAAAGAGAAACACGCGAAAAAGCUAAGGCUGAUGCUGAGUUACGCCAUCGAGCAGAACGAGCUGCUGCUGAAGAUCGAGAAAGGGCUGCUGCUGAGGCUCGAGAUAGGGCUUCUAGGAUGAGUCAACAAAAGAAUGAUAAUGAUCUUGAGUCCUUCUUUGGUGCUCGCUCAAAUAGUGUGCCCGGGACAUCUUCUCCCUUCCAGGACAAGAGUUCCGAGGGGGCAAAGUCACCAUUUUCUUCUAGCGGUGUCCCCUCUAACAUAAAGAAAGUGUCAUCCACCAAUAAUAUAGUAGAUGAUCUGUCUUCAAUUUUUGGAGCUGUUCCAUCAUCGGGAGAGUUCCAAGAGGUUGAAGGGGAGAGUGAUGAAAGAAGAAGAGCUAGGUUGGAGCGCACUCAACGAACUCAGGAGCGUGCGGCAAAAGCUUUGGCGGAAAAGAAUCAACGCGAUCUUCUAGUCCAAAGGGAACAAGAAGAAAGACAUAGGAUUGCUGAGACUUUAGAUAUGGAAAUCAAGAGAUGGGCUGCUGGGAAGGAAGGAAAUCUGCGUUCACUUCUUUCAACUUUGCAAUAUGUUCUUUGGCCUGAGUGUGGGUGGCAGCCUGUUUCAUUGACAGACUUGAUCACUGGUGCCUCUGUCAAGAAAGUGUAUAGAAAAGCAACCCUUUGUAUACAUCCUGACAAGGUGCAACAGAAAGGUGCUACUCUUCAGCAGAAGUAUGUUUCCGAGAAGGUCUUUGAUCUCCUCAAGGAAGCGUGGAACAAAUUCAACUCGGAGGAGCUAUUCUAGAUAAAUCGACAUGCAUUGAUUAGCAUUGUGUGGUUGUUGUUAAUGAUGGAUGAGCUGUGUGUAUAGAAGGUAGCUAUGUAUGCGUGCACCAUUGCUGCUGUUGUUGAUGCUUGCACAUAAUUUACUUGGGAUGUUGGGCCUCGCUUUCUGGCAUAUUACAGCAGCGUUUUAGGUAAGGUGAAGAGGCCAUUGGCUGUUGCUGCCGGGAAUGCAUUGGGCAACACAUCAUCCAUCUGUACAUUUGUUCUGAAUGCCAGUGAUACGGUGUGUAUACUACUCCGUAUAGUAUAUUAUUAAUUUCGAUUAUCUUGUGUUUUCUGUCCCAUCUGCCCCCCCCCCCUUAAAAAAAGUGAAAAAAAAAGAUAAACAUCCGAUGGCUAGGGUGGACAUUUUUGUUUUGUUCUGGUUUUGCAAAUUUUCCUUUAAGUUUCCAUUUGUUGGUGUAAUGAGAAAUGUCUUCUCUCUCCCCUUUUUUGUUGUCUUCAAUAUCUAUAUAUUACCUCUUGAGAACCGCAAUGUAACUUAAACAGAGCUAUAUCAUGA